AUGGCCGCCGAUGCUGAGCCUGCUCCCGUGGAGGAUGCCGCUGAUACAUUCUCCAAGGCUUUGGACCAGCCUGCACCGCAGACAGUGAUUGGACCCCGCAAUGACCACCAGGAGGCACCGGAACCAGCCGCCCGGCCGCAACAUCAGGUAGGAGCAGACGCACUCCCUGAGGCCAAGGCCCGGUCCGUACCUGCCCCUGCACUGCUCCCUGAGGGUCCCGAUACCCCAAACAGGCCUACGCCUGCUUUGCCCAGAACCAAUACCACCAGAGUUGGACGCUUGAACCCGGAGGUCCCCAUGGUGAUACCUGAACUCCCUGCUGCCUCAAAUCUACAAGUGGCGCAAAUAAAUAACUUAGUAAUGACUUUCAGUCCCAGAGUACAGGGGCACGUCUUACCCAGAGAGGUCCGUAAGAUGUCCCUCAUCACGCCGGUUGCCACUCCGCUGCCCGGAGAGAGCGCUUCUUCCCUGCCACCACCUCAACUGGCGAUACCGUUGCCAGAGCCACUACAGCCAGGAGUUCUCAGUCUUUCUGCCCCGGCAGGAGUUCCCGAUAUACAGCAGCUCACCGCAGCUUUGACCAGCCUCACUACCCAGACAGUACCAGAAACCGCCACAAGAGGUCAGUGCAGCUCCAUCACAGCAGCCAGCCUGAGCUAUAAGAUGCAGGAGCGCCCUCUUGUGUUCCUCAACAGCUCCUGCAGUGAUGAAGAGGUCACCUGGCAGGAUGACCUUGCCGAUGAAAAACUUACAGGUGGAGUAAAUUACAGGACUUUCUAA